AUGUUGGAGAAUGACAUGGUUGCUACACCCAUUGGGCCAAUGUGUGCACACAAGUUCCCGAACAAGAUUGGACCUAGAAUUAUCUUCCUCCCUGACACGAAACAAGUCCUUAAGGUCGGCUAUGGCAUAAAAAGCUUAGAAGCAGAAGCGAUGCGCCUUUUGGCUUCACGAACGUCCGUACCUGUCCCUAGAGUCGAUCGUGUUGGCCAAAGAGGAGACUCUGGGUACAUAUUGAUGUCGCAGGUAGAGGGACAGCCCUUGGCAGAGGUAUGGACAUCUCUGCCACCAGAUACCCAGGCUUCCAUAAUUCAACACCUGCGAGGCUACAUCCACGAGUGGAGAACUCUUCAAGAAGAUUAUUACGGUGCGCUGGGUCACCAACCCUGCCAAGAUAUCUUCUUCAAGCACUUUCCAAUGCGUAAUGGACCUAAGAUCGAUUAUGGUCCGUACAGAACUCGGAGUGAGUACAACGCCGGGCUUAAGGACGCCUUGCAAAUGUCAAGACCGCCUGGGGUCUCCGACCAAAGAGAUGAUGCUUUGAUACACAAGAUCGAAAGCCUCAACGAGCCCACGAUUGUUUUUACGCAUGGUGACCUUCACCGUGAUAAUAUUCUAGUAAAGGAUGGAAAGAUUUCUGGUAUUCUCGAUUGGGGUUCGUCAGGGUACAGCAUCAAGGACAGGGAAUAUUACGAAGCACGGUCAAGAGCAAGAAAUCAGGAAUGGAAAGCAGCUCUUGAUUUAGUAUUUAGUGGGGAAAUCGACAUGGCCGCGUAUUUAAUUUUGGAGCAACUUGACAAGGAGCUUGUAGUAUACAGCGGAUCUUGA